AAAGCGGAGCUCCACCCAAAAGGGGAAGUUCCGCUUUACGAACUGCUCCCCUGCUCCCCAUUAAGGAUUUGCACCUUUGGGGAGCGGGUACCCAAAUUUGACAGGUACCCGCUCCCACUUCCAAUCCGAUCGCCUAGGAAGCGGAAAGUGUCCUCCCUCCCUCCCUAGUCUUUUGGGACACGUGACAGGUCCCAGAAGACUACAGGACCAUUCAUGAAGCGCAGCGCUACUCACACAUGCGCACUGGGUACCCGGCUGUGAUGCCGCAAGCUGUUACAGCCGGGUGCCCACACUGAAGAUACCGGCCUCCUGGAAUACACCGCGGGACCGAGGGACAGG